AUGAGUGAUGUUGUGGAGAAAACUCUCACCGCUCUGCCCGCUUUGCUGGCGCUGGACUCUCAGCCCGGAGCCGGAAAACUCUCCUCCACCUCCAGGCUGAGACACUUAAUCAGAAGCAUCACUGAACUCACCUCCAAACAUGAAGAGGAGAAACUCAUUAAAAAAGAGCUCGCUGCUAUCAAAGAUCAGGUGUCAUCACCUAAUACCACGAUGAGGCAGAUGAGGGAGCUCAUGGUAAGAGCCAUGUACUGCGAGAUGCUUGGAUAUGAAGCUGAUUUUGUCUACAUUCAUGCCAUUAAACUGGCUCAGCAAGGCACAGUACUGGAGAAGAGAGUGGGUUACCUUGCUGUGUCUCUGUUUCUUAACGAGAAUCAUGAACUGCUUUUGCUGCUGGUUAAUACAGUAUUAAAGGAUCUUCAAAGCACCAAUCUCAUUGAGGUUUGCAUGGCUCUGACAGUUGUUAGUCAGAUAUUUCCCAAAGACAUGAUACCAGCUAUUUUGCCACUGGUUGAGGAGAAGCUGUCACAUCCAAAGGAAAUUAUAAGGCGGAAAGCAGUGCUUGCUUUGUACAAGUUCUAUCUGAUCGCUCCUAAUCAAGUUCAGCAUAUUCAUGGCAAAUUCCGGAAAGCCUUGUGUGACAAAGACCCUGGAGUCAUGAUGUCAUCCCUGCACAUCUACCUACAGAUGAUAAAGGAGAACCCUGCUAGCUACAAGGAUCUGACAGGCAGCUUUGUGACCAUCCUGAGGCAGGUGGUUGGGGGAAAGUUGCCAUUAGACUUUAACUACCAUAGUGUCCCAGCUCCAUGGCUGCAGAUCCAGCUGCUCCGCAUCCUGUCACUGCUCGGGAGAGAAGACCAGAGCAUGAGCGAGCUGAUGUAUGAUGUCUUGGAUGAAUCCCUGCGCAGAGCAGAAAUGAACCACAAUAUUACUUAUGCUAUUCUGUACGAGUGUGUCAAGGCUAUCUAUACAAUACACCCCAAAGCUGAGCUGCUGGAAAAAGCAGCUCGAUGCAUUGGAAAUUUUGUGCUGUCUCCAAAAAUCAAUCUUAAAUACCUGGGUUUAAAAGCUCUGACAUAUGUAGUUCAGCAUGAUGCCAACCUCGCUCUGCAGCACCAGAUGACUAUUAUAGAAUGUUUGGACCACUCAGAUCUCAUCAUAAAGAGAGAGACCCUAGAGCUGCUCUUCAGGAUCACCAAUGCUCAGAAUGUCACUAUAAUUGUGGAGAAAAUGUUAGGGUUCCUGCGCCUCUGUAACGAUGACUACACCAUCAUUGAUCUUGUGGGAAAAGUGGCUGAGCUGGCUGAGAAGUAUGCCCCAGACAACGAGUGGUUCAUUCAGACAAUGAAUGUGGUUUUCUCUCUUGGUGGUGACCUCAUGCAGCCAGACCUUCCCAGCAACUUCCUCAGACUGUUUGCAGAUGGCUCAGAGAGUGAGGAGCAAGACAGGCAGCUGAAGCUGUAUGCAGUGGACUCAUAUCUGGCCGUGUUAAAGGGUGACUGCUCUCAUCUGCCCCAGCGCUUCCUACAGGUCAUCAGCUGGGUCCUGGGAGAAUACUCCUGCUUGAAGGAGGAUGUGGACCAGCAGGAGGUCAUCAGGCUGCUGAAGAAGCUGCUGGAGCAGAGGGGAGUGAGCUCAGAAACAAGAAGCUGGGCGCUAUCUGCUCUUACCAAACUAUGUAAAGGCCCAGGGUAUGCAGAGCUGGCACUGGAGCUGGCUGAGAGCCUGUCCUCCUCCUUGGACACAGUGCUCCGGCAGCAAGCCCACGAGCUGUGCCUCCUCAGCCAGGACUCACAGCUCCACGCUAGAGUAUUGCCCCAUCCUGCUCCAUCGGACAAUCUAGAGGUGGACUCCUCUCUCUCCUUCCUGGAUGGUUUUGUAUCUGAUGCUCUAGCUGCAGGAGCUGCCCCGUAUAAACCACCACACCAGAGACAGGAGGAGCUGAGUCAGCAGAGAGCCCUGAGUUUGGAGCCAUAUGGACUGUCUCUGCCAGUCACUAUGUCAUCCUGCACUCUUACAGACCGACAGUCUCCCACUUUCCUCUCUAUGAGCUCUGACCUCUCCGGCAACAGCACUGAACUGUCCCACAGAACAGGUGCUAACACACUCAUGUUGGAGGGUGUGAAGAGAGUGUGGGGAAAGGAUGGGUACAUACCUCAGAAAGAGCCUUCAUUAACACCAGCUGCAGUGGACGAGCCCAGUGAUGUAGUUCAAUCUCCCGACCAGCAAGGGGCAGCAGAAACCUCCCUCCCAGAGCCUGAGCCAGAGCCACCACAGCUGGACCAGGAGAAGCAGCAGCUGGCUUCAUCACUGUUUGUUGGACUGGGCUCUCAGAACUCUAUGUCUUUAUUGGGGAAAACCGAGGUUGCAGUGCCACGAUUCAGAAGGAAGGCCCGCCAACAUGAGUCGGCAUCAACAUCAGGCACGAGCGAGAGUUCCUCUAACUCCUCCCAUUCCUCUCGCAGCACGACAGACAGCUUUUUGUAUGGUGGCCUGUUAGAAGAGGAGCCAGCUACACCCAUACAAAACUCAUACCACACCCUAAAGCCCACCAUAGCUAAUGGCAGCCAUGAUGCUAGGCAACACAGCCAGAUGGUCAGUAGCACGAGUGAAAAUGAGGGUGCUGCCACUGUCAGUGCAAAAGAGGACAAACAGGCAAACUCAUCUCAAAUCUUAGGAAGUGAUAUGGUUAUAGUGAGACCCAGCAAACUAGCAGAAGAAUCCAUAGUAUCACAGAGAAACUGUAGCAAAUCACUUCCGGUCGCCUUCCCCCACAGUUCUGACUCUAUGGUUCUGCAGUUACCCUCCGAGCUACAAGAACUGCCUCACUCGGAUGUUGUCAGCUUGACCUCUGACCCCCACCUGUCUGUCUCCUGCUGCCGUGUCUUCAGAGAAGAUGCUCUGUUACUUGUUCUCCUCCUUUUCAACCCCACAGAGACGGCGCUCCGAGAUGUAGCAGUCGAACUGAGCUGUGAGGAGCUGGAGACGGCAAGUCUAAGAGGAAAUGUCAUGGAGUGUUUAGAAGGCAGGAAGUCAUCGGUGUGUCGCUACACACUGCUGAUGGAGAGACCACACACUCAGGUGGCCUUCACUGGAUCAGUCUCGUACCAAACACAACCUGGACACACCCAUAUCCUGCCCUUUUCUGGCAAGCUCUCCACUGCUGACUUUAUCAGGCCCCUGAUGCUAAACACAGAGGAGUAUGGGAAACUGUGGUUGUCCAUCUCUAAUGAUGUGAAGCAGAACCUGAAACUGCUGACAGGUGGUGGAGAUCCUCUCAGAGCCACCCUCAAUGCUCUGAAGGACAGCCUCCAGCUGCAUAUAGUUGACAUCAUUGGGUCAGAGGGUAUUGUGGCCUGUCAUCUGCUCCGUGGCGGCCCCUGCCUGAUGCACUGCCGUGUGCAUGGUGCCUCACUGGCUGUAUGGCUGCGUUCUCCUCUGCCUUCUCUCCCUGACUGCCUUCUGUACCACUGCCAGAGAGCUUUGCAGGAGCACUGAGCUUCUGGUGGACCAUCUGCUGCAAUGUCUUACAGCAUCUUCCUUCUGCCAAGGAUAUGUACUCACAGUGACUGUGCUGAAGUGAAGUGAGGAACCUGUCAGUGUGGGUAAAGCAGGCUGUGGAAUCUUCCUUGAAAUAAUGUCUGACUGUAAAGCAAUACGUGUACCCUCUCUAAUGCACUGCUUUAUUAUCUGAAUAAUUUUUUUCUAGUUAAGCUCAAUUGCAGGGCUACAGUGUUGAUACAUUACAGAUGUUCAGAAUAUAUAUUUAUUGAUUUUAAUGGUUUGCUUUUUCUGUUUUUCCUUUCCUCCCCUUCAGUUAAUCUCUUUUUCAAAUAAUUUCAUUGUGUUUUGACUGUCAUGGAUAUGGCAAACUGAGUUUACCAGUGUUUAUUUUUAUACUGUUUUAUUUUCAGCAGUAUGUGUUGAAAGGCUGCCUCUUCUUUCAAAGCUGCUGAGAAGAGAUACUUAAUAGAACCCUAAAAGCAAAGACAAACCUUAAGACAGAUGUUACUGCUGUAUAAGCGCCAUAAAACAAAACAGUAGAUUUCUUACUGUGGAAUAGUACAAUGGGGCUAUUAUAAAAUACAUCAGUAUAGUGUGAAUGUAAACCUGUUUAGUAUAUUAUGAUAUGUUACAAUAAUCCAUCAUGGAGUUCACUGUA